AUGCCGACAGCGAAACAGAGCAUAGAGGAACGACGAAGAGGGGAAGUUUUCGCCGAGUACGCGGAAAAGCAACAGGCCCACCGCUCCGGUAAAGUAGCACCCAGCGACAGCGGCUAUUCCACCGCCAGUGUAUCGCGCGACCUCGAAGACCAUGCCGAGCUUGACAUCCUCGACCAGCUCGGGCUGUCCGAUAACCCUCGGGCAGCCAAGCUGAAGGAGCUCUUGCUUGGCACUGGUGAUGCCGUUGAGGCCAGUCUACAAAUGCUCGCUGGCACAUUACAAACCCGGAUAGAUGAAGGACACGGAGAAACCAUAUUUGAUCUCGGAUUGGAGGAUGGAGGUGAAUCAAUGGGAUUCGACCUUGCUCAAUGGAACACUGCGCUACAGCGUCUUCGCGAGGCGGCCGAAACAAUCCCUGCCCAUUGCCGAGUCUUGUUGACCUACAACGUCGGCGGUCCGGAGGAGUCUUCUGUGAAUGCUGGCCGAGUGCCGGGUUCUUGGGGUAAGGUCCUUGUGCGUCACCAUGCGGACAACAUCGAGGAGAUGGCAGAGCUUCGGAUUGCAGUGGUGGGGAAUGUGGAUGCCGGAAAGAGCACCAUGCUGGGCGUCCUAGUUAAAGGCGGACUCGAUGAUGGCCGUGGUAAGGCGCGAGUGAACCUCUUCCGCCACAAGCAUGAAAUUGAAAGCGGACGGACUAGCUCUGUGGGCCUGGAGAUCAUGGGAUUCGACAGCCGGGGCGAGAUUGUUGGCAGCACCAAGGGCCGCAAGUUGUCUUGGGAGGACAUCGGGAAACGAUCUGCCAAGGUCAUCUCCUUCUCCGACUUAGCCGGCCACGAGCGAUAUCUGCGCACUACCGUGUUUGGUAUGCUGAGCAGCAGUCCUAAUUACUGUUUGUUGAUGGUCGCCGCCAACAACGGACUGAUCGGUAUGAGCAAAGAGCAUCUUGGCAUUGCAUUGGCACUCAAUGUGCCUGUCAUGGUGAUCGUUACGAAAAUCGAUAUCUGUCCGCCGCAUAUCUUGCAGGAAACCUUAUCCCAGCUGUCUAAGAUCCUCAGGUCGCCUGGUGCGCAUAAGAUUCCUAUCUUCGUCAAGGAUAUGGAGGAGACUAUCAACACAGCCACGCAGUUUGUGAGCCAGCGGAUAUGUCCCAUCUUCCAAGUCUCCAACGUCACAGGCGAGAAUCUCGACCUGGUCCGAACCUUCCUCAACAUCCUGCCCCAUCGCGGUCAGUACGAUGCCGAGGGGCCAUUCGAGUUCCUGAUCAACGAUACAUUCUCUGUGCCCCAUGUGGGUACAGUUGUCUCGGGCGUUGUCAAAUCCGGUGUUAUUCACGCUGGUGACUCCGUCGUGGUGGGACCCGACUCACUUGGCCAAUUCACCACCACGGUGAUCAAGUCUAUCGAGCGUAAGCGUAUCCAGGUAAAUGCUUGCUUCGCCGGUCAGUCCGGAUCCUUCGCACUGAAGCGAGUGCGUCGCAAGGAGGUGCGCAAGGGGAUGGUAGUCCUCAAGAAGCUGGAAGAGCCUCCCAAGGUUUACCGCGAGUUUGUCGCAGAGGUACUUAUACUUUCCCACGCAACCACUAUCAAGCCCAAGUAUCAGGCUAUGCUUCACGUUGGAGCUGUCAGUCAAACCUGCUCGGUGAUUGACAUUGACCGUCCGUUCAUCCGCACAGGAGACCGAGCGCUCGUUGCGUUCAGAUUUAUACAGCGCCCUGAGUUCUUGGCUCCUGGAGACCGAGUACUGUUCCGUGAGGGCAAAACCAAAGGACUCGGCAUUGUCAAAAGCAUCGGGUACGAUGCCUCCAAACCCUUAAACCCCGGUGCUCAGGAAGGAGCCACCACUCCCACUUCCACGAAACGUCACGAUUAA